CACACACACCAAACGGAUGCGGAUGAUUUGAUCGCGCACGGAUCAUGCUGAUCGCAGGGUGGUCGUUGCAGUGCAUCGCUUAAUCAUGAACGGUAGCAGCGGAAGCGGUUCCGUAGCAGUUGCAGUUGUGGACCACCGAUCCAAGGUUCUUGCCGGUACGGGUGGGUCACGGCAUCAUUCGACGGCGAUCGCCUCUUCCUCGGCAACGGCUUGGACGCCCGGUGGUGCGCACAAGUCAACUCGACCAACACCGAUUGGCCAGGCCAGUUUACCGCGCAGGCUGAAGCAAGAUGCGAUUGAGCCGGAGCCGAACGCGAGCGACGAGGAUGACAGUGGUUCGGUACAGAGUGAUGGCAACGAGUCCUCGACUGGGACGGUGAGUGACUUCUCGGUGGAUGAGAUUCCGGUGUGGAUCAAGGGUGAGCAGCGAUGGAUAUCGGGCGUAUCAGAUGACACCACCUGUGGAGAUCUGAUCGAGGUGUUGAUACAGCAGGAACAGGGCGCCGGAGUUCCAACGCCCGAUGUGAAGGAUUACUGUAUCACGGAACGGUGGCGGCAGGUCGAGCAGGUGUUAGACAAUGGGACGAAAAUCUGGCAAAUCUGGACGGCUUGGGGUAAAGCGCAACCUGAGGUGAAAUUUAUUCUUCGCCGUGUCGACGGUUCCCAUGGUCCGGUGGGUGCGAGCGGUGCUGCCACCGGUGGCACGCACGGUACGGUGGAGCGGGAUCGUGACAGUGGUCGCGGAAGUCCUACGGGCAGCAUCAACAGUGCAAUAGUGCGUCGCAAGCGGCACCGGGCCCAGAAGUCGACCUUCGCCUGGAUGACGCACGGCCAAACCAUACAUCCAAAGUCGUCCAAAACGUCGAUCGAACGAUUGAUGAAGCUGAUCCUCGAGCAGGGUGACAUCAUACAGCAGCAGCUGUCGAAGCUGCGCGAUCGCGAGAUGCAGAUCAACAUGAUCGAGGAGGAGCGGCAUCGAUUGCGGGAGCGUGAGCACGGUAAAAACUAUCUCCUGGAGACGUACCUGAAGGGAUUAACGGAGGCGACCGAAACGGACCCGAAUGCGAUCGAUAGUGGUAUCACCUCGGAGGCAACAACAACCGCGUCGCCCGAGAUGGACUUUGCGCCGGAGCACGACUCGGACAAUAAUGCGUCGGCUGGCGGGGAGGCCUCGGUGAAGGAGCAGAUUAAACUGCUCGAGAAGAUCGUUUCGCUGAACAAACAGAUUCAGCGUGAGGAAGAAUCGGCGGUUAAGCUGUUCCAGAAGGUACGCCACUAUCAGUUAGAGGAUCCGCCGGAUGAGGCGAAGACACAGCUGGAAGAAGCGCUAGCCAAGAUCAACACCUCCAUCGACCAGGAAACGCAUGAGCUGCAGAUGAUCGACGAAAGUCUUCGUCAGUCCGAUGCGAUACUGCGGGAGAAGAACGAUCUACUUCGGAGUCUCACCGACGAGUUAAACCACCAGGAGGUGAUGGAUGCGAAAGUAAUCAUGGACUUCUCACAACCUACCCCCGUUAUGCGGGUCGAUCGAGGACCGGGAGACCGGGAUGUUCAAGAGCCUCAUCAAUCCCCAGUUAUGGCUCAAGUAUCGCACCCUCCUUAUCAACCGAUGACUUACGGACCAGGAAAACCGCUCCACAGUUAUCCGCUGUACCCGAUCGCCGAGAUCCCUUCCAAACCAGCCCCAGUCCCGGUUGGACCAGGGGAGCCGGCAAAGAUUGUUAUAGCAAGCAAUACACUGCCCAGAAACUUCCAACGUCCAACGCUCGUAGCGCCGGGUGGAAUGCCGCCACUGACGGUGCCGCCAGAUGCUAUUUCCGUCCAUCAAAUCAACAAGUUCAUCCAGUGCAGCAAUAAUUUGGGCACGAACUGCAACACCAACAUCGACGACAAAGUAUGUCCGAAGCAGCUGUUCCAUUCGGCCGUAUCCUCCGUAGAAUGUCAGGGAGCGGUGAAGGCCCUUACGGAGGAUUUCGCCAACAUGGGAACGCUCGUGUAGAUAUUGCGUAGAUGCAACAGAAAAACAAAAACAAAUCAUAUUCGAAACAACUUUCGCAACCAAAUCAAACAAAACCGAAGAAUUAGAAUUGCGUUGUAGAUAUAGCUGAAGAGUUGACGUGGAAAGCAUUGCCCUAGACAUCACAUAGUCGCGAAACAAUCGUUUAAAAAUCCGUACCAAGAAAGAAGCAAAGGAUGGCGGAGUAGAGAUCGUUUAUUUUUUGUUGCCUCCGAUUUAUUCUGACCACUGUAUAUGGUGUGUUGUUGUUGAACUGUAGGGAGCAAUGCUUGUGUGUGCAUUUCGUCGUGUAUCCGCUUGAAUGUAUCGUAAGGAAUCGGGUAUGUUUGCUCCUACCGUCCAGAACAGGCGUAACAGGCUUGCUGGCUAGUCAAAUGGUAAGAUUUCAAAGCAUUUUGUUUGUUUGUUUGUUUCCUCGGUAAGGUACGGCGGUAGUAGUGUCGAUCACGAAAUGAUGCAUUAUCAUAAAGAAAGCUUUUGCUAGAUAAUAUCAAAUCGAUGUAAAUAGUACAAUGUGGCGAGAAAUCUUCUGCACGUUAGGCAAUAUCGUUGCAAUCAGGAUAAGCACUUCAGAAGUGUGAAGGUUUGAGGGUGACACGGGAUGGUGGUCGAUGCAAGCAAUUAACUUAACCAAAAAUGCACGUUCAAUACCAUAUUUAUACAAAUUUACCUGCAGUAGGAAUGGUUUGUUUGAUAGAGAU